AUAAGAAAGGCUGCGUAAAACGAUGACGACAACAUGAGAACACACUUUUUCCCCUUUUCCUUCGGUAUCAAGGACAACCCACACGAACCCAUUUGAUUUCAAUUCCCAGAAGAUUCCUGAUUCUCCUCCCUCCUUUGAGCUCAGAAGAUUCAGGGCAAUGGAACUAGAGGCCAAGAUUGAUCGCUUACCCAUUGACUUGUUGGCUCAUAUUUUUGGUUUCUUCUCUUCCUUCACUGAUUUGGCCCAGGCGAGUAGUGUGUGCAAGAAAUGGAAACAAGGGGCCAGGGAAUCUUUGGCUUGCAAACAGAAUCUGAGCUUUGCUGGCUGGAAAAUGGAUGAUGAAUCCGCCGCUCGCCUCGUUUGCGAUGCUUACAACCUCAAAAGGCUUGACAUCCCAAGGAGCUGUUGGGGUUGCCAAAUAACUGAUAGCGGACUUACCAAAAUAUCUUUGGCGAAGUGUGUAGGCAAUCUCACAUCCAUCUCGCUCUGGGGUUUGACCGGCAUUUCAGAUGAAGGAGUUACUCAUUUGGUAUCCAGAACCAAAUCCUUACAACAUUUGAAUGUUGGUGGCACGUUUAUCACAGACGAAUCCUUGUUUGCCAUUGCAAGAAGUUGCCCCAGUUUAGAGACCAUUGUCCUGUGGUGCUGCCGUCAUGUAACUGAAAAUGGACUUUUUGUGCUGAUAGAUAAAUGUCACAAUCUCAAGUCAAUGAACCUCUGGGGAACAAGAAUUCCUGUGGAUUGCCCCAAAAAGCUAUUAAUUUUAAGGCCGGCCCUUCAGAUCAAAGUUUAAUACCAUAUCUCUCUGUUGUAUGUUGUCCAAAGUGUUCAGUCAAACAAGUAUUUUUCACCUUCUUUUAUGUAGAGUUCCUGUAUAAGAAGUAUUCCGUUGUGAUUAUGCUUAUUCCCGAUCGAUGUAUGAAUUUGUUGUAAUUUGUAAGUAACGAAUUCAGUUUGCAACUAAAGAUGUAAUAUUGGACUCUAUUUUCUGCAGUCUACCUACUAACAUGGGUUUGUACAUGAA